CUCAAUAAUUAGCACCAUCUGUGUGCGUACUACUUACUGCCUACCAGUGAGCCGCAGAGCAACCCGAUCGACGCAGCUUGCAAGCGAUGGCGAGGAGCGGGCGGGAGGAGGGAGGCGGCGGGGAGGAGAGGAAGCUGGUGCUGGGGCGGUACGAGCUCGGGCGGGUGCUGGGGCAGGGCACGUUCGCCAAGGUGCACUACGGCCGGGACCUCCGCUCCGGGGAGAGCGUCGCGAUCAAGGUCAUCGACAAGGCGCGGCUGCGGCAGACGGAGGGGAUGGUGGAGCAGCUGCGCCGGGAGAUCUCCGUCAUGCGGAUGGUGCGCCACCCAAACGUCGUCGCCAUCCGGGAGGUGCUCGCCAGCCGCGCCCGCGUCUUCGUCGUCAUGGAGUACGCCCGCGGCGGGGAGCUCUUCGCCAAGGUGGCCCGCGGCCGCGUCACCGAGGACCACGCCCGCCGCUACUUCCAGCAGCUCGUCGCCGCCGUCGGGUACUGCCACAGCCGCGGCGUCGCGCACCGGGACCUCAAGCCCGAGAACCUGCUGCUCGACGAGGAGGGGCGGCUCAAGGUCACCGACUUCGGCCUCGCCGCGCUCCCCGAGCAGCUGCGCCAGGACGGCCUGCUCCACACGCAGUGCGGCACCCCGGCGUACGUCGCGCCGGAGGUGCUGCGGAAGCGCGGCUACGACGGCGCCCGCGCCGACCUCUGGUCCUGCGGCGUCGUGCUCUACGUCCUGCUCUGCGGCUUCCUCCCGUUCCAGCACGACAGCUACGCCAAGAUGUACCAGAAGAUCUUCAAGGCCGAGUACCAGGUGCCGCCCUGGGUCUCCGGCGACGCGCGCCGCCUCAUCGCCCGCCUGCUCGUCGUCGACCCGGCCAAGCGCAUCUCCAUCGGGGAGAUCAUGCGCACGCCAUGGUUCAGGAAGGGCUUCGUGCCGCCCGUCCCCACCUCCCCUGUCUCCCCCAAGAAAUGGGAAGACGACGAUGUCGUCCUCGACGGCACCGCCGCCGCCGCCGGCGCCAUGUCGCCCCGGACGUGCAACGCGUUCCAGCUCAUAUCCUCCAUGUCCUCCGGGUUCGACCUGUCGGGGAUGUUCGAGAGCGAGCAGAAGGCCGCCACGGUGUUCACGUCCCGCGCGCCGGCGGCCACCGUCAUCCAGAAGCUGGAGGCCGUGGGGCGGUCGCUGGGGUACACCGUCACCAGAGGGAAAGGGUGGAAGCUCAGGCUGGAGGCGACGGCGGACGGAGCAAACGGGCGUCUCGCGGUCACCGCCGAGGCGCUCGAGGUGGCCACGGACGUCGCCGUGGUCGAGUUCGCGCACGACGCCGGCGACGAGCUCGACUUCAACAAGUUCUGCGCUGUGGACGUGCGCCCGGGGCUCGCCGACAUUGUCUGGGCGUGGCAGGGCGACGGCCCGGCGACGCCCGACGUUGCCGCCGAGUGCUCGCCGGCGUGAUGAGCGAGGCGUGAAAUGUGUAGACCAGCUUAAUUAGGCUGUUAGCUUUAGCUUCUUUGCUUGCAGAGUGAUGUACAGGCAAAUCGAGAGAUAUGUAAAUACAAAAGUUUUGUUAGUUGAUCAA